AUGUUCAAUCGGAACAACUCCCCCUCUGUGCCGAGUCCCUUUGGGAACAGAUCCGACGGUGGACGUCCCUCCCCUCAGGGAUACUCGAACCCCAAUCAAGCACCGCCACGGGGAUAUGGAGCUCCACCGCCAGCAGCAGGAAGACCACCACAGCAGAUGGCCGCACGCCCGCCGGUCGGCGGACGACCAAGUGGCGGCGUAGCGGGAGGACAAACCUGGACACUUCAUCCCAGCAAGAGCCCGAAUGACAAUUUCACAUUUGGCAAUCUCGUCGCGGUAUCACCACAGGAUAUUCCUCCUUCUCGAGACGGUGCCGACAUCCUCCUCCUGAUCAAUGACCUCUACGUUCUCUCCGGCCGUCCCCUGGAGGGCUUCCCUCCUGGAUAUAUUAGCAUGUCUGACCCUCAACGCACGUGGGCGAGCGUGGGAAUGCGCGAUGCUGUCAAGGUGCAGCUGUAUGACCCAUUCAGCCAGGGAGGCCAGGCGUACUUGGGAUCAGCAGACAUUGAAGUCAGCUUUGCAUCCACAAAGAAGCGGACGGAGAUACCAUAUGACCAGGAGGAUCUCACAAACGCCGUAAUUAGAAACUUUGAAAAUCAACUAUUCGCUCCCGGACAAAGGAUCCUUAUGGAUCACAAGAGCAUUCCACUGUUGCUGCUGGUGAAAACUGUCCAAAGAGUUGAUCUGACCUCGGAAAAGGUCGAUCUGAGCUCGGGAGAGAUUGAGACCGGCGCAACAGCUCGAGGGAUUAUUACCCGCCAUACCCAGCUCAACUUCUUCAAGGACACCCAAACCGGAAUCAAUGUGAAGCCAUCCAAUCGCCGUCCAGCUGCAAACUCCAUCAUUCAGCCUGGUUUCAAGUUCGAGGACAUGGGCAUUGGUGGCCUCGAUUCCGAGUUUAGCACCAUCUUCCGUCGUGCUUUCGCUUCCCGUAUCUUCCCUCCCGGCCUAGUUGAGAAGUUGGGUAUUCAGCACGUUAAAGGUCUUUUGCUAUUUGGACCUCCGGGUACUGGUAAAACCUUGAUUGCUCGUCAAAUCGGAAAAAUGCUCAACGCCAGGGAACCGAAGAUUAUCAACGGUCCUGAGGUCCUGAACAAGUACGUUGGUCAGUCGGAAGAGAAUGUCCGAAAGAUGUUCGCCGACGCCGAGAAGGAAUACAAGGAGAAGGGUGACGAGAGUGGCCUCCACAUUAUUAUCUUUGACGAGCUGGAUGCUGUUUGUAAACAGCGUGGAAGUGGCGGAGGUGGUAGUACUGGCGUGGGUGACAGUGUCGUCAACCAGCUUUUGUCGAAGCUGGAUGGUGUUGAUCAACUGAACAACGUUCUGUUGAUUGGUAUGACUAACCGUAAGGAUAUGAUUGAUGAAGCGUUGCUUCGCCCUGGUCGUCUCGAGGUGCACAUGGAAAUCUCGCUCCCCGAUGAGAAGGGCCGCAGUCAGAUUCUCAAGAUCCACACGGAAAAGAUGCGGACGAACAACGUCAUGGACCAUGACGUCGACCUGGAAGAGCUUGCUCACUUGACCAAGAAUUUUUCGGGUGCGGAAAUCGCUGGUUUGGUCAAGUCGGCUUCCUCGUUCGCCUUCUCCCGCCAUGUCAAGGUUGGAACGAUGGCCAGCAUAAACGAAGACGUGGUGAACAUGAAGGUCAACCGAGCUGAUUUCCACCAUGCUCUUGACGAAGUGAAGCCCGCCUUUGGUGUUUCCGAAGAGGAGCUUUCCAGCCGUAUUCAAUAUGGUGUGAUUCACUACUCGAACACUAUCAACGAGAUCUUGCGGGAAGGUGAACUGUUCGUGAAGCAGGUUGGUCAGGCAGAGUCCACUCCGCUGUUCUCUGUCUUGCUCCACGGCCCUCCUGGAAGUGGCAAGACGGCCUUGGCGGCGCGUAUGGCCAUUGAAUCCGGCUUCCCCUUCAUCAAGUUGAUCAGCCCUGAGGACAUGGUUGGCUUCAACGAGGCUGCUAAGAUCUCACAUAUCAGCCGAAUCUUUGACAGUGCCUACAAGAGUCGAACCAGUAUCGUCGUUGUUGACAAUAUCGAGCGUAUUAUCGAUUGGGUUCCUAUCGGCCCUCGCUUCAGCAACAACGUGCUCCAGGCUCUUAUGGUGUUCCUCCGCAAGCCACCAACUCACGGCCGUCGCCUGCUGAUCCUGGCCACGACCACCGAGCGUGCUCUGAUGAAACAAUUGGAUAUCUACAAUUCGUUUAACUCGGAUAUUCUGGUUCCCAACGUCCUGUCGUUCGGUGAGCUUCGGUUUGUCAUGGAAAAGUCUGGCGCAUUUGAUGCGCAAGAAAUUGCGCGUGCCCUUGAAGGAGUCGGCGGACUGGCGGAGGAUGGCCGGCUCAGUGUUGGUAUCAAGAAGGUUCUCCUUGGUAUCGAGACUGCUAAGCAAGAUGUGGACGACAAGGUGGGCCGGUUCAUCCGUGUGAUUAAUCGGGCUAUUGAGGAAGAGCAGACCUUUGCUUAG